AUGGCGGCGCCUUUGAAGUUUGUCCCUUUCAUCCCAGAGAUAGAGUUGUCGUUCUACCUAGCGCUCUUUAGCUCAAAGCUGAACCACGACAAGCUCGACGACUCAGUGCGUAGCGUUCUGGGCCUCUAUGAACCCCGCUUGGAAGAACCAGAAUCCAGCUGCCGCGUGCACCUAUCAGGAAAUGCUCUCACGGGCAGCAGCACUAAUGCGCCCAGUCCACCUCUCGGGAAAAUGAGGGCCGAGGGAAUCAUUAAAAACACUAAUACAUUGGAGGAUCUCAAGAACAUAGACAAGCCUGCCAUGCUUAAGACUGCUGGCCAACAGAUCUUCGAUGCGAUCAAAGAUGGGAGUAUCUACUCUAUUCCAUCCCUGCUCUCAUCAUUCAUCAUACUGUCAUACGCCGAUCUUAAGAAGUAUACGUUCACGUACUGGUUCGCGUUUCCCACCCUGCACUCUGAGCCUUCGUGGAACCGAUCCGGUACAGCUGAACGGCUCAACUCCAAGGAAAGCACGGCACUUGCCGACAGAGUCGGAACUUGGAGAUACAGUAUUGACACUCGCGAGCAUGGAUUCUUCCUGGUGAAGAAGGUACACGUCCAAGAGCAGGAUACGGAUGCUGCAGACGCUGCCCAGGGGCUUCCAUUCAGAUGGGAGGUUGCCUCGCUGCGCGAGUUCGAAAAUGGCUUCUUCAACCAUGUGGCUGAAGAGGACCGCUACUUCGCAUUUGUUGACCCUUCAACAUACCCAGAAGAUCCUGGGUGGCCAUUGAGAAAUUUCCUGGUUUUAAUUCGACAGCGAUUCCGUCUUACAAAGGCAAAAGUCAUUUGCUACCGAGAUACUCAAGCUAGGAGACACGAGGCUCGCAGUGUUAUUCUUCCACUCGAGAUGGGCUCAGUCGAGAACUUGGAGAUCACCGAGAUGCCCAAAGUUACUGGCUGGGUUCGGGCAAGCAACGGCAAAAUCCAGGCACAGCGCAUCAACGUAGGAGAGUAUGUGGAUCCUUUACGACUGGCCGACGAUGCUGUCGACAUGAAUCUGAAGCUCAUGAAAUGGAGGGUCGCCCCUAAUCUCAAGCUGGAUCCUAUCAAGAACACGAAGUGCCUCCUCCUAGGUGCUGGCACACUAGGGUGUAAUGUGUCACAAGCUCUCAUGGGUUGGGGAGUUCGGAAGAUUACCUUUGUGGAUCACGGACGAGUAUCCUUUUCCAAUCCCGUACGACAGCCACUGUACAGUUUGAAAGACUGUUCUGAUGGAGGAAAGCUAAAAGCACCUCGAGCUGCUGAAGUCUUGAAAGAGAAGUUCCCAGGUAUUGACAGUGCAGGACACCAGCUAUUGAUUCCCAUGCUUGGUCACUCUUACAUAGACGAGUCGAAGACGAGAGAGGAUUACGAAAAGCUGGAGAAGCUUAUCGACGAACACGAUGCCAUUUUCCUGCUCUUGGAUUCAAGAGAGUCACGAUGGUUACCAACAGUUAUGGGAAAGGCCAAGGGAAAGAUUGUCAUGAAUGCUGCUCUGGGUUUCGACUCUUUUGUUGCUAUGCGACAUGGUUCUGAAAGCCAUGCCGAGGGGCAGACACCGCUUGGCUGCUAUUUCUGUAAUGACGUUGUGGCACCAGCGGAUUCUCAAAGGGAUGCGACUCUGGACCAACAAUGCACUAUCACUCGACCCGGUAUUGCAGGUUUCGCGUCUGGCAUUCUUGUCGAAAUUCUGACAAGCUUGUUACAACAUCCCCAGGGUAAAGAUGCUCCAGGAUCACAGCCAACUUCUGGAGUGUUUCCAGAGCGAGACCCCUCUGACCAUCCUCUGGGUUUGGUUCCGCAUCAAAUAAGGGGCUUCCUCCCGACGUUUCAGACCAUUGUUCUCCGGGGUCAAUCUUACGACUGCUGCAGCGCAUGCAGCCCCAAGAUUCUUGAUGCCUAUCGCAGAGAUGGAUGGGAUUUUGUGAAAAGAGCACUGAACAACAAGGACUAUGUGGCAGAGCUCUCAGGUCUUGCAGAGCUUCAGCGAAGCUCAGAGUUGAUGGCAGAACAGGUUGACUGGGAAGAAGAGGAUGGCACUGUCGAGGAUAGCGACGGGGAAGUGAUUCUUAACACAUGAGCAUUAUUAUUCAAUGGCAAGGGGAAGGAUCACACGAGUAUAGUUAAUCAAGAGCAAGGAGAAGAAUUCAGUUACGGUUCUAUAGAAAUUAUCGUUAUACAUGGGUUGCUUUAAGCACCCUUCCUGCAAUGCACCUCAACGCCUUUCCAUGCUAUGUACAAGUGACUGUGCAUUGUCACAAUUGGUCCCAAUAUCCAAGUAUCCAUGAGUGCAUGUGUUUAUCGAGUAGUGGUACCGUCGAGUCUUGCUCGGUCGAAGUCUGUCCAAGAGAUUGGGGUGUCUCUGUCUAUCUAUCCUUUACAGUCUACCGUCGAAGGCAUACUGGGCAGCGAGGGGCCAGCCGAGGAUGACAGCGAAGCCAGGGAAGAAGCUGGACGGUGUUAGU